GAAGCCGCGGCCGCCGAGCGCCCGGGCGGCUGCCCCAGCUGGGCAGUGCUGCUCUGCGCCGCGCCGCGCCCGGUGCCUGCGCUCCCUGCUCCGCGCUCCCCGCCAGCCGCCCCGGGGCGGGAGGCGCGCCCCGCGGCCGGCGGGCCAGACAAAGGAGGCGCGGCGGAGCCGGCGCGCGGGCGGACGGACCAUGGACUCCGAGCGCGAGCGGCCGGCCCCAGCCCUCAGGACCCGGCGCUCCCGAGCCCGGCCCUAGACGCUCGGCCCCGCCGCCGGGGGCGCCCAGCCGGGAGGACGCGGAGCCCGCGCGGCGCGGAGGAGGCGGCGGCCGCCGAGUUCCAGGGGCGCGGCGGCGGACGGCGCGCGCGGCCCCCGGAGCCAUGGGCAAGUGCAGCGGGCGCUGCACGCUGGUCGCCUUCUGCUGCCUGCAGCUGGUGGCUGCGCUGGAGCGGCAGAUCUUUGACUUCCUGGGCUACCAGUGGGCUCCGAUCCUAGCCAACUUCCUGCACAUCAUGGCAGUUAUCCUGGGCAUCUUUGGCACUGUGCAGUACCGCUCCCGGUACCUCAUUCUGUAUGCAGCCUGGCUGGUACUCUGGGUUGGCUGGAAUGCGUUUAUCAUCUGCUUCUAUUUGGAGGUUGGACAGCUGUCCCAGGACCGGGACUUCAUCAUGACCUUCAACACAUCCCUGCACCGCUCCUGGUGGAUGGAGAAUGGGCCAGGCUGCCUGGUGACACCUGUCCUGAACUCCCGCCUGGCCCUGGAGGACCACCAUGUCAUCUCGGUCACCGGCUGCCUGCUUGACUAUCCCUACAUUGAAGCCCUCAGCAGUGCCCUGCAGAUCUUCCUGGCUCUGUUUGGCUUCGUGUUCGCCUGCUACGUGAGCAAAGUAUUCCUGGAGGAAGAGGACAGCUUUGAUUUCAUCGGCGGUUUUGACUCCUACGGAUAUCAGGCGCCCCAGAAGACGUCGCAUUUACAACUGCAGCCUCUGUACACGUCGGGGUAGCUUCUGCCCACGCCCACCCCUGCGGCUACACUGACCGCGCUGCAGCGAGCAACGGCCAAGAUGGCAGGCGCGCCCCCUGGCGGCUCGCUGGCUGGACUGCAGGCUGGGUCGGCUUGAUCUGGGUCUCAAGCGGACUUGGA